CAGUGUGAAAGAUGUCUUUUCUGCUGGAUGAAACGGCAGCAGACGAGCCUGUCAGAGACAUGAUGAACCCCUUGAGAGCUGUACAAGGAGACGUGCGAGUGCGUGUCGACCUGUCGCGUGUGUCCAGGAGGGAGCUGGAGGACAACUUCAUGCAGCUGCACGAAGAUUCACUGAUUCUUAAGCAGCACAUCCACCAACAAGAGGACAAGAUCAAGAAACUGGGUACCAAGCUAUUGAGGCUGGUCAAGGACCGCCGUCGCAUGGAGCAGCUGGCUGGCGGUGUCAGUCUGCCAGCGUCUGGGAGGCGGGAUGCAGAGAAGGAGGAUAUUGUGAGCGAUUUCCAGGAGAAGAACAGAGCACUCGAGGCAGAGAACAAGAGGCUGAAAGAGCGUUGGUUUGUGGCCAAGCAGCAGCUGCUCGGAUCCCCUGGCGGAACUCGCUCGCCUCACGGGCGCGUCCUAGCACGUGUAGUCUCGACUUCCAGGAAACCGGAGGAAGCCUUGUCUCCCUUGCCGACUCCACCCAGACGCGCCAGGAGCUUGGCAGGAGAUGACAGGCCCCCAACUGGCCAUCCCUCACCGUAUAUGCAGAGUCUGCUGGAGGAGGCCCGUGAAAAGACCCGAAAUCUAGAGAAUGUGAUUGAGUCGCAGCUGAGGCGCAUUGCGCAGCUGGAAGAAGAGAAACAGGUGACGGUUCAGCAGCAAAACAAGUCGGAACUUAGGUCGCAGAUAAACAACAAUGUGACUAUGAUCAAACUGCAGAAGCAGCUGUCAGAAAGAUCCAACGCCAUCGUAGAGCUGGAGGUGCGUUUCCUGCAGCUGCAAGAGAGUCAGUGCACGCAGAAGGCGUGCUACGAGGCCGCCACGGCCAAGGUAGCCGAGCUGUCGUCUCAGCUCAAGGACGAGCGUCUGAUGUGCGUGGAGCUGAGGACGCAGCUGCAGAGCUCGCAGGUGUCGCAAGCCAAGUUGCAGCAGUUAGAGGAGCGACUCAGCGAGACGGAGCAAGAGAAUGCGCUGCUAAAGGAGCAAAACGAGAAGCUGCUCAACAGCAUGUUUGACGUGUCUCAGCAGCAGAAGUCGAGCAUUCAAGAGCAGCAACUCAAGCAGCAAAUUACGCAGCUGGAAACAGCGCUGCAGGCCGACCUUCAAGACAAGAACCAAAUCUUGGACAAGGUCAAGGCUGAGAGGGACACCAGCGAGAAGCUGACAGAAGAAAACCAUAAGCUUCUUGUUCAGCUUGCAGACCAGAAGCAACAGUUGAAUGAGCUUCAACGUCGUGUAGAAGUCUACAGCAGAACCAAUGAGUACGAUGCAGCGGAACUAACAGAGGCGCUGCUGCUCAACAAGGAACGUAAAUCUCAAUGUGACAUUGAGUUGAGCUUAAUCCAGGAAGGGCAGGGGGGUCAGAGCAGUGGCAACAUCAGAGAGCCUCAAGAUGCUCACGUUGAAACCAUCCAGGAGCUGGAAAAGGUCAGACAGCUGCUGACCAUGGAGAGCCGGAUCAGUAGUGACCUCAAGGCAGAACUAGACACUGUCCAGAAGAAGAUGGAGCGUGAUAAAAGCACGUACACGCAGCAGCUGGAACGUCAGAUGCAGAUGGUUACCGCCAAGGAAGUCCAGCUCCACAAACUGCAAGCUCAACUGCAAAAUGUUGCCUACGGCGUCAAGAGCGCGGUCUUCAAGGCUGACACCCCAGACGAGAAUGAAACGCUCCAUCUGGAAGACGGAGAGAACCUUCUGGAACUUCAAAUAGUCGGCGUCACUCUGUCGCCAGACGCCUUGGUGGCUCUGGGUGACCCUGCCCCCUCCACCUUCUGCACCUACGCCUUCUACCUUUUUGACCUGCAUGCCACUCCGGUGGUGGCGGGUCCAACGCCCAAAUAUGGCUUUACGUCAAAGUACGUGGUGAGCGUGGACGACACCCUCCUUGACUACCUCCACAGACACUCUGUGAGUGUGGAGCUGUACCAGGCCCUCGGACUCAAGUGGAAGACCGUGGCCAGUACGCAGCUUCGCCUGCAUCGCCUACUUCUGCAGGACGGGACAGUGUCUGGGAGCCUUCCGCUGGUUGGAAGUUCCGGUGAAAUGGGCUCAUUCGGAUCGCUGGACUACUGGAUCAAGCUGAGGGUUCCCAUCACAGAAACUGGACGUCUGUACAAAGAGAGGCUGUCGGCUGGAAGCCAUGAUGCACAGACCAGUUUGGAGCCACAAAAGACAUCUGAGGUUCCACCAGGCGCAAGUGGUUGGAAUGAACUGGAUAUCAGCGUGCGCAGUUGCAGAAAUCUCCUGUCCCAAUCGUCACUGCAGCCCAGUCCAUACGUGGUCUACAAGUUCUUCCACUUUCCAGACUACCCCACUGCCACCGUGCAUGACUGCUAUGAACCUCACUUCAGCGAUAUCAAGUCUUACUCUGUUCCGAUGGAUGCUAGCCUGGACCAGUACCUGAGGUCGGAGGUUCUUCACUUCUAUGUAUUUGACUACAAGGAGGAACGCAUGGACGUCUAUCUAGGCAAAGCUGCUCUUCCUUUGGAGUUGCUGGUCCAGGACAAGGAGAUUUCAGGUGAAUUUGACCUCUAUGACUCCAAUGGACGCCACACCGGCCACAUUGACGUUGCACUCAAGUGGAAGUUCUCCUACCAAGUCCUCCCAGUGGAAAAUCUAGAGGAAGUAGGAGGCAACAUGAAGGAAACUAAGGAAAACCAAGACCACUUUAAGUCCUCUCACUCUCAUUCUGACACAACUGCCUCAAAGGAAGCUACACUGAAGUCCACCAAGAAGAUGCCAGGCAAACAGGAACAGGCUGCCAGAAGAGUGACCUUUCUAGAAGACAUGCCUCUUGUCCAGCAGGCAUCGUCCAAGAUGGGUCUCAGCCCAGCUGAGGAAGGAGAAGAUGAGGAUGAAGCUUCUGUGCUCUCUGAGGGUCAGCUGCUCCCUCCGAGCUCCCAGUGCACCUCGGAGCUUUUGGACACCAACCGAGACGUUCUUCCCGAUGAUGAGAUGGCACCGGUGCGCAGACGAAACCGCAGCGGUUCAAUUCAGUCGGACAGCGACGAUGGCAUCGUUCACCACCCUGACAGUGCCACGAAUGUGUCAGAGCGAGUGCGGGUGGAGGUCAUGUCCUUACGCCUGCAGGCGGAGUCUCGCAUCUCUCUAGACAGCAGUGUGGUGCGUCUCUAUGUGGAGUACUCCUUUCUGGACAUGCCUACCGUGGAGACCCCUUUGUCCUUGCCUAAACCCCUCCCAGGAAAGAGUGUCAGCUUCAACUACAGCAAAGUCAUUCCCGUGGACGUUGACACCAACAGGCCAAGACGACACCUGCUAAAAGAAGUCCUGCGUGGAAAGAAGCAUAGCAUGGAGAGAAUCCGGUUCACGGUAGUGAGUGAGCCUCCAGAAGAGGAGGAGCAUGAGAGGGAGUGUGAGGAGGUGGGCGUAGCCUUCCUGAACAUCCCAGACCUGCUGCACAUACAAGGCAACGUGAUGGAGACUAGCCUCAACGUUAUGGAGGAUGGAGGCGAGCUGGUGGGCUCUCUGAGCGUGUCUUUUGAGGGCCUGGAGAUACUGCACGCCAUCAUGGAGGAGCCGGACGCCGAGCAAAGUGUCAUCUCCUCGCUGUUACGGUGACAUCGUCGUCGAGCCAAUGAAAGUCCUGACUGACAUUGGUCGUAUGAUAGGCAAGGACAUAAUUUCACCUGAGGUGUGGCUAUGGUCAACUGUCAGACUGCUAGUAAAGAAUGUAGUCUGUGUGACUGAAGGUAGUUAGGGUAGGGAAGGAGUGCUAUAGUUCCUCCCCCGAGGUACAAAACUCCCUGCACUGUCGUGCGGUCAUGUGAUACAUCACACACUUUGUUAAUAGGGUUAAAAUGUUUUUUAAAAAUCAGCUGCCAACAAACAGCUCCAGUGUGACUUGGCCUUGGUGCUGAUUUUGGUCUCAUGACCCAUGGGACCAAGUCGGUGAAGUUUUUUUUUACAAAUAAAUAUUUUCUAAGUGAAAAUGAAAUCA